UCAGUGGAAUUUUAAAAUAUUUUAUAUUAAUUCUUCUUUCUGCUUUCUGUUUUCUUUUUGAUUUCUAUUCGAUUUCUCUUGUUCUUUAUCGAGAACUUGUUUCUACUUAAGUAUACUUUCGUUAGUUUAGUUGUCUAUCAGCGUACAUCAACACCGCUAAUCACUCCCUCAAAAAACCAGGCCCAUACACGCACCAGCCUCCCACUUUUUUUUCAAUCUUUCCCGUAAUCAGCAAGUUUUACUUAAACAAUUCAACUUCAUCUUACUCUUGCUUGAUAGAUUGAUCAAAUUUCACCUAUAGACUAGUUAAUUAAUCAUCAAAUAAUCCAAUAAGUUUAUUAAUCAACUAAUUCAUUAUUAAUUUUACUUAUUCAUUGAUUAAUUAUAUUCAACACGUCUUCCCCAUCAAAAACAAUUAUAUUUGUCCAAAAUGGCUCCAACUAGAUCAAACGCCCGUCUCAUUAGAUUCGGAAUUUUUGCUUUUAUUUUAAUUGUAUGUGGGUUCAUUUUAACUCAAGGUUCAUCAUUUUCUGCUAGUACUGGUUCUCAACCAGCUCAAGUUAAAUCAUCUCCAAUCGCAGCAGCCGAUACUGGAGAUGUUGGAAAAAGAAAAGGUCCAACUCAAAAACUCUUUGAAAAGGGCAGCGCUGAAGCUGAAAAUCAAAAAUUAGAUGUUCCAGCUAAUUUAGAAUGGUCUGAAAAGGAUAAAAUUAAAGCUACUUUUGUUUCAUUAGCUAGAAAUCAAGAUUUAUAUCAAUUAUUGGAAUCAAUUAGACACAUUGAAGAUCGUUUCAAUCAUAAAUUUCAUUAUGAUUGGGUUUUCCUUAAUGAUCAACCAUUCGAUGAUGCUUUCAAGGAAGCUACUUCCAACUUAUGUAGUGGUAAGACCAAAUAUGGUUUAAUCCCAACAGAACAUUGGUCUUAUCCUGCUUGGAUUGAUCAAGAAAAGGCUGCUUUAGCUAGAGAAAGAAUGCAUCAAGCUAAAGUUAUUUAUGGUGGUUCUGAAUCUUACAGACAUAUGUGUAGAUACGAAUCAGGAUUCUUCUGGAGACAUGACUUAAUGAGUGAAUAUGAAUAUUAUUGGAGAGUUGAACCAGAUAUUAAGAUUUACUGUGAUAUUGAUUAUGAUAUCUUUAAAUGGAUGAAAGAUAAUGGUAAGGAUUAUUCAUUCACUGUUAGUUUACCAGAAUAUAAAGAAACUAUUCCAACUCUUUGGGAAACUACUAAGAAAUAUAUUGAAGCAAAUCCAAAAGUUUUAGCUGAAAACAAUUUAUUAGAAUUCAUUUCUAAUGAUGAAGGUAAGACUUAUAAUGGAUGUCAUUUCUGGUCUAAUUUUGAAAUUGCCAAUUUAAAUUUCUGGAGAUCUGAUGCUUACAGAGAAUAUUUCGAAUUUUUAGAUAGAGCUGGUGGAUUUUUCUAUGAACGUUGGGGUGAUGCUCCUGUUCAUUCUAUUGCUGCUGCUUUAUUCUUACCAAGAGAUAGAAUCCAUUUCUUUGAAGAUGUAGGUUAUUUCCAUGUUCCUUUCACUAAUUGUCCUGUUGAUCCAGCUAUUAGAUUUGGUAGAAACUGUAAUUGUAAUCCAGAUAAGGACUUUACUUGGAGAGGAUGGUCAUGUACUACCAAAUAUUAUACUGUGAAUAACUUGAAGAGACAAAAGAAUUGGGAAAAGUAUACUUCCUAGUUUAGUUCUUCUUUAACAGUAUUAUUAUUAUUAUAUUAUUAUUAUAUCAAGAUGUUAUAUAGAUUGACUUUUUAGCUUUCUCUACUGCUAGUAAUAUUAAUAAAA